AUGUUUGGUUUGUUAAUAAUGAUUAAGAUUGUCUAGAGAUACUGAGAAUGAGAUUAUUUGCAUGUAAUUGUCAUAUUAAAUAUAUUGUAUCUAAACAUAGAUUUUAUUUCGUAGGAUAUAAUGUCAACAUUUGAGAGUAUAGAUUGUGAAGAUAGUAACAAAAAUGAGACAAAUAUGUUGAUGCCUUCUAAAAAUAUUAUAUUUUAAUUAGUUUAUAGUUUCUGGUUGAUAUUAUUCUUAUUGAAUUUUAAUAGAUGUUUGAUUGUCAAAUAGUUUAAUUGAGAAUUGAGAUAUUGUUUUGAAUUUCAAUUCUUUUGUUCUAUUUUAAUAUUACUAUGUACUGUUGAUUGAGAAUAUUGUAGGUUAAAUUUGUUUUAUUAUUUUGAAUAUUACAGGUUAAGUUGUUUUAUUAUUUUGAAGUUGAAUUUUAAUGUAUUUUUUGUGUAUUUUUUUUGUUGCACUUCGGGUUCGGAUUCGGGUUUCAUGGAUUGAAUAAAUUUGUGAUUAGACGGGUAUUUAAACGGAUUUGGGUAGUAUGCAGGUAUUUGGGACAGGUUUGGGUAUUAUUAGUUUAUUCCUUAACGGAUUCGGGUACUUAAAUUAAUAACGGGUUCGGAUUCGGGUAGUUUAUUUCUUGCAGGUACCUGCCCCGCUGCCAACCCUAGACUCUCAACUGGGAAAGUAGAUACCAUUUCUAAUCCAUUCACAUUUGUCGAAAAUUUGAUAACCGACACUAAGAUUCAAUCAAAAGAAACAAAAGUUAGUGUUAGAACAGUUCCUGUGGUAGUUUCUAAACUGGGAGAAAACUAAGGUGUGUUGCAUUCAUAUUGGAUUUGUUUAGUCUAAGAAGACAACAACAGCAACGCGUGGGCAUCUCUUCGCUUGUUUGGAUGAAAACAAACCUCACUGGGCAAGGCAAAUGUUAAGUCCUAGAAACACGCCACGUCUUAGGACUCGUGGGCUGCUACUAAAGCAAAGAAUAAAAGGCUGCCUUCAUGUUCUUGCCCACAGGGAUGUUAUUGGGCUACCUGUAUAGUAUUCUCUGUUAUCAUUGAUAGAUAGUCGAUAUAUUAGUGUAGAUUAUCGAGCAAUGGAUAUUCGCCUUGAUUGGCUUCUACGAGCAGCAUGGAUUUCUGCAACUUUACCCAUAUUAAUUGCUUCAUUCCCUUCUUCUCGCCUAAACUCUUUCCAUCAACUUCUUUUGGGAUUUUCUAGAAGGGGCAAGACUAUGCAACCAUCAUCUCAUUUCACAGUUCCUCAAAGAUUCUUCCUGCACUUUUACUUGGUGGGUGUUGCGUUGACAACUUUUUUGCUGAUCAUAAUUUGGGGUUAUGCAUAUAAAUUGGCUUCCUUGGAUUCUGGCUCAUUGGAUUACUCUACAGCAGCUAGUCAAUUGGUUGGAGGUUCACAGAUAUAUUCCUUGCACGUGUCUCAUUUCCCCACCUUAGCAUACAGGCACAAAAUCUGGAUAUCUGUGUUUCUGCUUUUAUUAAUGGAAAUGCAAGUCUUGAGGCGCCUUUAUGAGACAGUUUAUGUCUUGAAGUACAGCUCUUCAGCUCGAAUGCAUAUUUUUGGCUAUCUAGUGGGCCUUUUCUUCUAUACAGUAGCACCUUUGACACUAUGCUACUCAUGUGCAUUCGAGGCUUUUAACUUUGCAGCAUAUCAAAUGAUUGAGGCGAAUGUUAAAAACCAACAGACAGUAGCUGUGGAUUUUGAUUGGUGGAGAUUAGUGAAGCCUUUUGUCAAGCUUGGUUGGUGCCACUGGGUUGGUGCUGCUAUAUUUGCUUGGGGGUGGUUGCAUCAACUCCGAUGUCAUGCAAUCUUGGGCUCUUUGCGAGAAGAUAGAGAACAAAAUGAAGAAUAUGGAAUUCCUCGUGGUGAUUGGUUUGAAAUAGUUUCAAGUCCACACUACUUGGCUGAGAUGAUAAUAUAUUUAGGUAUGUUGAUUGCAAGUGGAGGCACUGACUUCAUAAUAUGGCUUCUUCUUCUAUUUGUGGUAAUAUGACUUCAUAACAUGGCUUCUUAUUCUAUUUGUGGUGGCUAAUCUUGCAUUUGCAGCAGCUGAGACGCAUAGGUGGUACCUCCACAAAUUUGACAACUAUCCACGAAAUCGACGGGCCAUACUUCCAUUUGUGUACUAAGAUGCAUACUACAUACUGCCAUCGGAAUAACUG